CCCUCCCUUCUCUCUCUCUCCGUCCAGUUGCUUCCGCUGCGCCGUGUGGAUGCAGAGGCACCAGCAGCGAAACCCCGGAGAACGGUUGAGAAGCACCAUCAUCCUCGCGCACCAGCAGCAAACCAAAAUAGAACCCCCCCGCGCCGCGCCGCGCGCCCCGAACGAUGACGUUCUCAACGGUUCUUCAAAAACAAACCGUUAUUUGACAACAACAACAAAAAAACUUCUGACAACCGAUUACACUCCGUUAGACGGUGUUAGCUGUAAAGAAGAAGAAAAAAAAACGCCCAUCGACUGUCCUCCUGCUCAGUAGCCAUGAUGCUUAGCAGCUCUGUCGAGGUGCCCAGUCCCGUCCACGGUGGCAUGACCGGUCUCUCCGGGAUGAGGGCGGCAGUGGUGGGGAACGUUGUCCGGUCCUCCAGUAUCUCAGGAGCCAUGUACAGCCUGGAGAAGAGUCCCGGGAGUGGCGGUCGGCCGGGAGAGGUGGGAACACUGGCCGGGAACAAGAAGAGACGCUCAAGCCUUGGAGCCAAGAUGGUGGCCAUCGUGGGGCUGUCGCAGUGGAGCAAGAGCACUCUGCAGCUCAAUCAGCAAGAAGAACGAGCGAAGAAGUUACGCAGUACGAUCAGACGGAGCACGGAGACGGGCAUCGCUGUGGAGAUGAGAAACCGAGUCACGCGACAGGGUAGCAAGGAGUCCACCGACGGCAGCACCAACUCCAACAGCUCAGAUGGAACGUUUAUCUUUCCCCCUACUCGUAUGGGUCCAGAGAGCCAGUUUAGUGACUUCCUGGAUGGACUAGGCCCCGCCCAGAUCGUAGGCCGACAGACACUAGCCACUCCCUCCAUGGGUGACGUCCAUGUGGGUAUGGUGGACAGAGGAGGCCAGCUAGAGGUGGAGAUCAACCAGGCCAGAGGACUGACCCCUAAACCAGGGUCAAAGAACAUCCCAGCAACCUAUGUAAAGGUGUAUGUGUUGGAGAAUGGGGCGUGUCUGGCUAAGAAGAAGACCAGAGUGGUGAAGAAGACUCUAGACCCCUCCUACCAACAGGCCCUGCUGUUUGAAGAGAGUCCUCAGGCCAAAGUCCUACAGGUCAUUGUGUGGGGUGAUUAUGGGAGGAUGGAUCACAAGUGUUUCAUGGGCAUGGCUCAGAUCAUGCUGGAUGAGUUGGACCUUGGUGCCACGGUGAGCGGAUGGUACAAGCUGUUCCCCACCUCGUCUCUGGCUGACCCCAGCAUCGGACCUCUCACACGGCGACUGUCCCAGUCCUCACUGGAGAGCUGUGCCACCAGCCCCUCCUGUACCUAGACAGAGAGAACUAUAUAGCAUCAGCACACACACACACUCACACACACACACUCACACACACACACACACACACACACACACACAC